AUGUACUUGGCUGCAUUCUUCCAUAAUACUUACAAACAGCCAAUCCAUGGGAUGAAUGGAAAAAACAUGUGGCCUUCUACUGACUUGACACCUCCUUUGCCUCCAUUGAAAAGAUGUAUGCUAGGCAGGCCAACCAUAAAGAGAAGAAGGGAUGCUUCUGAACGGAUGGGAAAACACACCAUUGCAAAAGCAGGGAAGAAGGUUUCUUGUAGCUUAUGCAAAGAGAAAGGUCACAACAAGGCAACUGGUAGUCAAUUUACAGGCCCAUCUAAACAAAAUGGGACAAAGAAACAAAAUAUUAUACCUACGCAGGAGUCUGUGAACGUUACGAAAGGGGGUGGGGAUGAUGAGGUAAUGGUUGAUGCAGGGGAUGCAUUAGAGACGACUGGUCAGGAAGAGCAAAUGGUGGGAGUCAAUGGUCGUGUGGAAGGGGUCAAGGUCAAUGCUCGUGUUCGUCAAGUUCAACAUUUAAGACCACCUAACAAAAGGAAGAUGUUGGAGAGAUGA